AUGGAGCGACUUUGGUUCAUUUAUGAUGGAUGGAUUGGGGUGGAGAAAGAGACGACGUUUCUGCCUAUUGUGAGCCUUACCAAAGAUGAUCCAGACGAUCAGCCCACUGCUUUUGCCGGCUUUACCCCUAAGGGAACCCUUCCAGAAAUUCUCGAAGGCGCAGGGCUGAACCCAGGCCUAAGAGGGGGUUUGGAAAUAGUUUUCAACCAGCAAUUGACGCGCCUCGGUUAG